CCAAAGCCCUUAUUCACUUGUUUUUUACUACUAUCACUAGGUCCAUUACAGUACUAUAAAGCAUCACUGUUCUGAAUUUGAACUGAAAACAACAACAUCAACAAUCAACCACAACACUGUGUUCUAUUAACUGAUUAGAAACCCUACCACCAUCUCAUUUUAAGAAGAAGGAAAAACUCAUCUUUCAUACCCAUCUGUCAGACCGCAAUGAAGUUCUUGAAUUGGAUGCAAAGCAAGAUCAAUGGGAAACAACCAGCAUCAGCGAGCAGUAAAACACCUGUUGCGGUUUCCACUAAAAACAAUGUUGUUAUGCAAGAAAGCCGGGAAGAUGAAUUCAGUGAUUGGCCACAUGGGUUACUAGCAAUUGGCACAUUUGGGAACACUGCAGUUAAUAAGGGUGGCCAAGAAUCAUCAUCGUCUUCAAAAAGGCAUGGUCAUAGUGACUGCAACAAUAAUCAAAUAAUUGAAGAAGAAAUUAGUCCGUCAUCGUUAUCAGAAGUAUUAGGAGACGGUGAUUUAGAUGAUUUUACACCAGAAGAAGUUGGAAAAUUACAAGAGGAAUUAAAAAAGUUAUUGUCGCGUAAACCAAAACCAGCACUUACAGAAGAAGAACAAUGUAGGACAUUAUCAGGAAGAAGAGGAGUAAAAUUGUUUAAUCUUCUUCCAUUAGACAAGUUUCUGAACUGCCCCUCGAGUUUAGAAGUUGAGCGUAAAGCUAAUGAUAUUGAUUCUCCAUGUCAACGCGAGCUUCGACGUAGUCUAAGUGUCAUAGGAAACAUGGAAAAGAACUUAAGUCCAGAGCGUACUAAAUCAAUAAAGAAGAAAUCGAUAACUUUUCUUCUAAAGAAGAUGUUUGUUUGUAGAAGUGGUUUCCCUCCUCCAGCACCUCCAACUUUCAGAGAUUCAAUCCCUGAAUCUCGUAUCGAAAAGCUUUUGAGGGCCAUGAUUAACAAGAACCUAUAUUGUCCAAAAAAUUCUCCAACCACACCAACUGCAAAGAAAUUCUUAGAAAAUGACAACUAUUAUUUGGAAACAGAUAAAGAAAAUGAUGGUAAAGGUGGUGAUGAUGAUGAACAACAACCCAAAGAAAAGAUCAAUGGUGGUUACAAAUGGGACAAGACAGAUGAUGAUUAUAUUGUUCUAGAGAUAUAAAUCAUGCACAUUAUAUGUUACAAGCAAGGGGUGUAUCACAUGAUAUUUAUUUUGACUCAAGUAUUCAAAUUGGAGGUGGAAAUCGAAAGAAAACCAGACCCAAUCAUCAAACCAUUCAUUCAAGGUGGUGAAGACAGUAAUAUAUUGGAAGGAGAAUGAAUGAUUAUGACGGAGAUUGAGAGGAAAAAUCAGUUCUACAAUUUUUGUUUAGUUUCUGUUUCAUUACAGAGAUUAAAUAUUUUUUUCUUGAUGUUAUUACACCAAGAUUAUUACAUCAGAUGAUGGAAUAGUAGCUGCUAUUACCUCAAAUCCUUUUUACAAGGAGAAGAUAGGAAUCCAUCAUGGUGCCCAAAGAUGGUUCCUAAGUAGAGAUUAUAUGAAUAAUACAUUUAAGUUUCACCAUUGGAACUUGUAGAGGGAAUAUAAUUUAUUUAUUUUUACUUUUUCUUUUUCCUCAUAUAUUGUAUUAUAAAUUUUUAAUUAAAGUUACUCGUACUGUUUUA